UGGUAUUUGUACGAUAUUGUUAAAUAUGCAUACCGACUUGCGGCUGGUCACACUGCGCUAAACAAAGCACGAAACGUGAUUUUCGUUGUAAUAAUUCUUGAAGUAAAUAAUCAGCUUUGUUCAAAUAAAAUGGAAAUGAUGCAAGGAGCUUCGCUGCUGUCGCGGCCAGCGGAAGAAUUCGGCAACGACACCCUGGUGGAGGAGAUGUGGGCCUCUAAAGCUCUGGAACACGCCGAGGUGCACUUCAAUCUCAUCACCAGCAUCCAUCCCUCCCAGCUGAAACUCACGCCCUACGACGACCAGAUAUACGCCACUUUCCGACAGGAUUUUCCCGAUCUUCAAGUUGGCCGGCUUACCGAUGACAUCCUUAAAUCCGCCACGGAAAAGCUCAGGUGGCGCCAGUUCGCCGAGAAGUUUAACAAGAUGGACGACUACUCCUAUGGCACCCUGAUGCGCGCCGAUGCCAGCAAGGAAUUCUCUCCGGACAACUCUAUUUUCGUGUUUCGGGUCCAGUUUCUGGCCAUCGAAAUUGCCCGGAAUCGGGAGGGACUGAACGAUGAGGUUUACGAGAAGCACAAGCCCGCCAAAAAGGUCGCAGAGGAGGCACAGUAAUCCCUCGCCCUAGGUUAGAUUAAGCUGUAAAGACAGAAUGCAUAUUUAGAUGCACUUCGUCUAGCUACUUUAGAAAACAAUCAAAUUAUUUUUAUACAAAUUAUAAAAAUAUAAUGUUCGACUUUAAAAUGUGCACUACACGUUGCCAUUUACUGCCUUUGUAUAUUUUUUUCUGCCAUUCUGUGCUCUUUUCGAUCAAUCUUUAGAAUAACAAUGAGAUCCACAUCUUGAAUAAAACAAUAAGCCCAAGUUGAAAAUAUUAA